AAGCCACUUUAUCCCCACGAGGCCACGAAUCCACGGUUGUCUCGUAACCGCUGUCACAGUCGCAGCCGCGGCCUCUUCAGACAUUUACCAGGAGAAUGGGUACAAAUAUCUUCCCCAAAUCAAGAAACCACAUUACUUUCCUCCUCGGGCACCAGGGUUCAGGUCCUUCAGGAAGACGAGGAAGCCAAUGAGGUUUCGUGUUGUUCAUACAGCAGCUCGCUUCGUCGCUCCCUUGAGCUUUGACUUCUGAUCGAGCCGCUGUCGCAGAUUUGCUGCGCCGCCAUUUCGUCCUGUGUGAGCAUAUCGUCGAAUGGCUGGUAGGCGGUCACCGCAGGACGAGCGCAGCUCAUUUUGUAGGACAAGAGAAAUCGAUGGACCUCAGGACCUGUUAGCAAUCCAUCACUGAGUUGUGUUAUCAGAAACCAAGAAACAGAACGGAUUUUCUGCCCCUUAAUUUCCCUUUGUUGAUGGAGAAUGGUCGUUUAGAUCGAGAAUACAGUAUUCACUUUAGCUUCUAGAGCUCCAGAGGCCACUGUGCUUUCUUGGUUAGUGGAGAUGAGUUCUUCUCACCUUGCUGCCCUGCUUCUCUGUGUCUGCAUCUUUGCUGGAGGAGGCAUAGCAGAUAGCCAGAGUGGCACCAAUGGCCUCUCAAGACCGACUGAGGUGCGCAUCGGUGCGCUGUUCACAUUUGAUUCGGUUAUCGGGAGGGCAGUGAAGCCAGCUAUCGAGCUCGCAAUUGCAGAUGUCAAUGCUGAUCCAAGUGUACUUUCUGGGACAAGAUUGAGUGUUCUUAUGCAGGACACUAAUUGCAGUGGCUUUGUUGGAACCAUCGAAGCAUUGCAGCUUCUGGCCAAGGAUGUCAUUGCUGUAUUAGGUCCACAAUCAUCAACAAUUGCUCAUGUCAUUUCUCAUGCUGUUAACGAACUCCAUGUCCCACUUAUCUCUUUCGCAGCCUCCGAUCCUACCCUUUCUUCCCUUGAAUACCCUUACUUUGUGAGGACUACGCUAAGUGAUUACUACCAAAUGGCUGCUGUAGCUAGCAUCAUCAGUCAGUACCAAUGGAGAGAAGUCAUCGCCAUCUAUGUUGAUGAUGACUAUGGUAGAGGUGGCAUCACAGCAUUAGGUGAUGCCCUUGCAAAAAGGAAGUCCAAGAUAGCCUACAAAGCAAAGUUGCCACCUGGUGCUGGAAGAAGUACAAUCCAGGAUAUCUUGAUGCGGGUGAAUGAAAUGGAGUCUCGUGUAUAUGUUGUCCAUGUGAACCCUGACUCUGGCCUUGCAGUCUUCUCAGCUGCAAAAUCUUUGGGGAUGAUGAGUAAUGGCUAUGUGUGGAUAGCAACAGACUGGCUUUCUGCAGUGAUAGAUUCAUCUAGGCAUGAUAAUCCUGACGCGAUGGAACAUACUCAGGGUGUUAUUAUGCUUCAGCAACAUGUUGCUGACUCUGACAUUCAGCAUUCCUUGCUGCGGAAACUGAACAAUCAGACUAGGGAAGGAAACCGUUCUAGCGUGAGUUCUUACACUGUGCAUGCUUAUGACUCUGUAUGGUUAGUUGCCCGUGCCAUUGAGCAGUUCCUGAGUGAAGGGAAUGCAGUAUCUUUUUCUGCGAACCAAAAUUUGCAACCUGUAAAAAGAAGUAGCCUUCAGUUAGAUUCUCUCCGGCGUUUCAACAAUGGAGAUAAAUUACUGGAGAAAGUGUGGCGUGCGAAUUUCACAGGAGUUUCUGGCCAAGUACAAUUUACAUUGGACAGGAAUUUGAUCCAUCCAGCUUAUGAUAUCCUGAAUAUUGGUGGUACAGGUUUUCGAACCAUUGGGUAUUGGUCAAACUUUUCUGGUCUAUCAGUUGUUGCUCCAGAAAACUUGCAUUCAGCACCACCGAACUCUUCAACCAACAAUAUACAGCUCCGUAGUGUUAUCUGGCCUGGUCAGACUGCUGAGAAACCCCGUGGUUGGGCAUUUCCAUAUCAUGGGAAGCCUCUAAGGAUUGGAGUCCCUCUUCGUACAAGUUACAAGGAGUUUGUGAUGCAAGACAAUGGACCUGAUGGGGUAAAGGGGUUUUCAGUUGAUGUUUUCAAAUCUGCAGUAAGCUUAUUGCCUUACCCCGUGGCAUUCAAUUUUGUUUUAUUUGGAGAUGGUUUGAAGAAUCCGAGCUACAGUGACCUUGUUCAAAAGGUUUCGGAAAAUUACUUUGAUGCUGCCAUAGGGGACAUUACUAUUGUGACGAAUAGAACAAGACUUGUUGAUUUUACCCAGCCGUAUACAGAAUCAGGUCUCAUUAUUGUAGCCCCUGCAAGGGAGAUUGAAUCAAAUGCUUGGGCCUUUCUGAAACCAUUCACGUUUCAAAUGUGGUGUGUUCUAGGUUUGCUCUUCCUCUUUGUGGGUGCAGUUGUUUGGAUACUUGAGCACCGCACUAACACUGAAUUUCGUGGAACCCCAAGGCAACAAAUUAUGACAGUAUGCUGGUUUAGUUUUUCUACCAUGUUUUUCGCACACAGAGAGAACACUUCUAGCGCACUUGGUAGAUUUGUGCUCCUUGUGUGGCUCUUUGUUGUGCUCAUUGUUAACUCGAGCUACACGGCAAGCUUGACAUCACUUCUCACAGUACAGGAGCUAACAUCAGGGGUUAAAGGUCUUGAUAGCUUGAUCUCUAGUUCAAGUCCAAUUGGCUAUCAAGUUGGAUCUUUUGCCAGAAACUAUCUUGUAGAUGAACUCAAUAUCGCUGACUCCCGUUUGGUGCCACUAAACAGCCCUUCUGAUUAUGCAAGAGCUCUAGAGCUAGGGUCAGGAAAUGGUGGCGUUGCUGCUAUAAUCGAUGAACUACCAUAUGUUGAGAUCUUCUUGUCAAAAUACUGCAAAUUCAAGACAGUUGGUCAGGUUUUCACAAAAGGCGGAUGGGGAUUUGCCUUUCCAAGAGAUUCCCCUCUUGCGGAGGACUUGUCGACGGCAAUCCUUGCACUAUCAGAGAAUGGCAACCUCCAAAGGAUCCACGAUGAAUGGUUAAGUGGGGAAGGAUGCAGCACAGAUGAUAUUGAGAUUGCCUCAAACUCCUUGAGCCUUUCUAGCUUCUGGGGCCUCUUUGUCAUCUGUGGUCUUACAUGUGCCAUUGCUCUCUUAAUUUUCUUCUGGCGAAUAUUUUUUCAGUACAGCAGGUAUAAUGACCAGGUUGAGCUUGGACCAGAGAUUGUAAGACGGACAGCAAGGUUAACUAGCAUAAAAUCAUUAAUCUCUUUUGUUGAUAAGAGGGAAGAGGAGGUGAAGAAUGCUCUCAAGAAAAAGCCUAAUGGCUCUCAGCAGACAAGAAUUGGCAGUACAGAAGAACAAUCUACAUCACCACUAUAAAUCUUCAUGGCCACAUGACUAACAUUGUCAGCAAAAUGUGUGGUCCUGCAGUUGAAAUGGCUGUUUCAGAAUCCGGUUCGUUCUGACUGCAAAAACCUGGCAGCCGCCAAAGCAGCUUCAGGAUAUUUUCUCUGAAACAUGAGACCAGCUUCCUAUUCAUGCCCAGCAACAACAAUUCUGAAUCUCCUUCAACACCGAUUUGUGGGGAGAAGUAGCAUUCGGUUGCAGCCACAACUUGUAUGGUUUUGCCUUUUUGUUUCGAAGUAACCUCUCACUGUCUCACAAGUUCCUUGUAGCUAGAAUCUGAAUCAUCUUCCAAAUAAGUUUGAGUUUGAAUCCUUGUUUGGUGUGGUAUGUGACUGCAUUGUGCUGAAGAAGCAGCA